AUGUCCAUGUCAAUGGGUGACAUGCCUGCGGGCUCAAUGUCCAUGGGUGAUGGCGUUCCUAGUUUGUUCACCCUACAGAAGAUGUACUGGGCGGUUGUGGGAAGUGUAGUCGGUGCAGCAACUGUAGUCAACGUGUUAGAUCGCAUUCUUGCUCGAAAUCGCUUGCGAGAUUCCUCACUGACGCCUGCUAAACCAAAAUCGCUGUUCUUCAAUAUCUACGCCACCAUCACAGCAACAGCUCGGGAAGUCAGCUAUGCCACUGCACGACCGCUCAGAGUUGGAGGAUUAACUCUCCAUUUCCCACCGCUUGGUCCUGUUCUCAUCAUGCUAGCCAACCUAGUGGUAGUCAUGGUCCUUUGCUUCUACAAGUUAGACACUCUGGAUCCAUGGAAAUGGGAGAAUGUCGGCUACCGCACUGGUUUCAUCGCCAUUUGCCAACUCCCACUGAUCUUUCUGCUAGCUGGCAGACAGAACAUCAUAGGGUUCUUGGCAGGAAUGAGCUACGUCAGUCUGAACUGGUACCAUCGCUGGGUCGCCCGAACACUGUGGCUGACUACCACCAUCCACAUGGCAUUCUGGUUCCGCAAUUGGGGUCGCUGGAACUAUAUCACCUACCAGCUUAACAACGACCCGUUGGCGAAGCGCGGAUUUGCUGCUUGGGUCAUCCUGACCUUUAUUGUGAUCAGUUCCUUUGCUCCGAUUCGUCGGUUGAGUUACGAGUUCUUUGUCAUUCAGCAUUUAGUCACUUUUCUUGGCUUUAUCAUUGCAGUGUGGAUGCAUGCGCCUGAUGAAGUCAAGGCCUGGGUUUGGAUCCCAAUUGGGCUUGUGGUCUUCGAUAGGGUUGCUCGCUACACCUGGGGUGCAUAUGCCAACUUGGCCGUUUUUCACCGUAAGACCAAGUCCAACGCUCUCUGGGCACACUCGGCAACGUUUACUCCAUUACCUGGAAAUGUCACUUGCGUUACUAUCGAAAACCCCGGUAUCGGGUGGCAACCCGGCCAGCACGUCUUCCUCACUUGCCACUCUAUCGCCCCGUUGCAAUGUCACCCAUUCACUAUCGCAUCAAUUCCAGAGGAUAAUAAAAUGAAGUUUUUUAUCCGCGCGGAGAAUGGGGGAACAAGGCGGUUUUUCCGUUAUGCUUCAAAGAGCGAGAGUCUAUUGGGAGAUGGGCAAGUGGAGAGGAUGUCCGAGACCACAGUUUUUAUCGAGGGGCCAUAUGGAAGCAUCCGACCGUUGCGGCAGUUCGACAGUGUCAUACUGCUGGCAGGCGGCAUGGGUGCGACAUUCACGAUACCACUUCUGCGGGACGUUGUCUCAGCAUGGAAGAUGGAAAGUAACGGCGGCAAAGAGCAGAUACCUACCCGUCUCGCUCGUCUAACAGCCACCAAGCGAUUACGUUUUGUCUGGGUAAUCAAAUCGCGUUCCCAGCUGACUUACUUUGACUCCGAACUGCAUUCUCUGCUGGCAGAUGUGAAUGAGUGUCAGCGCACGAAUCCAAACUUCGAGAAGGAGAUUGAAAUUAGCAUCUACAUCACAUGUGAUGAAAAGCUAGAUCCGCCUAUCUCUACCUCACUUCCACUGCAGGCACAUUAUCCGCCCACGGCGGAGAGCUUUAGGCAAGAUAAGACUAAGAAAGUCUUUGAGAAAGACGAUAUCUCGAUUCAUUCUGUCUCUGCCGAGUCGGAAUUAACUCCACUCCCUGUGGCUUCAGGUGGGGGGUGUCUCCCUGGUGGAGGUUGCUGUUGCACUGUGCAAAUCGAAGACGAGGAGAUCAGUACUACCUGCGCUUGUACCUGCUCUGGCCCAGCACCUGUUCCGUCCGAAAAGGCUACUCUAGAUGUGAAGGCUCCUCGGUCUGAAGAGUUGGCAAGCAACAGUAUCAUUUACCCUAAUAUUCUCUCUGGUCGUCCUACGCCCCGAAUCAUCAUUCGCAAGGUCCUAGAGAAAGCCGAAGGCGAAAGUGCCGUGGUUGUGUGUGGACCUCGCGGCCUAGCAGAUGAUGUUCGCCGUAGCGUGAUUUCUCUGAGCGAUGAACGAGCUGUGCACAAAGGAACUGGCGCGCAGGGAAUCUAUUUGCAUGUUGAAAACUUUGGAUUAUGA